AUGGUCGCAGCAAUUGGCUGCAAGAAGAUUAAAAUAGUCACGGUACCGCAAGCGAACAAGCGCCGGCAGCUGUGUCGUGCGAUCCCAGAAGUAACUACAAAGAUCACUCUUUUGGUUGAUGACGACGUGAUCUGGCCGGAGACACUGCUACCGUGGAUCUUGGCGCCAUUCGAGAACUCGAAAGUUGGUGGUGUCGGGACAUGUCAGCGCCUGCUGCGAGAGGAAACUACGAACAUGUGGAAUUUCUUGGGCGCCAUCUAUCUGGAGAGACGAAACUUCGACUGCGGAUCCUGCACGUUCAUGGACGGCGGUCUUCCGUGUCUCUCUGGCCGGACAGUCGCGUACCGCACGCAUAUCCUCCAGGACUCGGACUUUACCUACGGCUUCACGCACGAGACAUGGAGAGGCUGCCUUCUGAACGCAGACGAUGAUAAUUUUAUCACGAGGUGGAUGGUCAACAAAGGCUGGAAUACCUACAUCCAGUACCACCGAGAGUGCGAAGUGCUCACUACCUUGGAGAGCGGGUCCCGUUAUCUCAGGCAGUGCCAGCGUUGGGCGCGUAGUAACUGGCGGAGCAACUUACGGAGCAUGCUGUUGGAGGGCAGUGUUUGGAUACGACAUCCAUGGAGCUCUUACGCAGUCUUCCAAACGACGUUAACGGCCGGUGCAAUCUAUGAUCUGUUCAUGUUCUUCAGCCUCGGACUAGCCUCGGCCGACUCGGAAUGGUCGCCGUAUUGGGCGCUAAUCAUGACCAGCCUCGCUGUGUUUUGGGUCUUUACGAAGAUCUCGAAAGUGUCCGGUCACUACCUCCGAUAUCCCUCUGACAUCUGCUACGUCCCUCUGCAAAUUGCGUUCGGCAUCUUUCACACCUUUUGCAUUAAGAUUCCAGCGUUCUGCACCAUGAAUGAGACGACAUGGGGAAGCAGAGAAGGCGCGGAUACGGACAACGCGUACAGACUGCAGCGGCUACCACCUCGUACCAACGAUGCUCGUCGUUUAUCAGAAAAGUGA